AUGGCUGUCCAAGCUUAUAUUGGCACGAUUGCUGAGUAUGAUCUGGCGGAAGAUUGGGAGUUGUGGCAAGAGCGAUUGGAGCAGUUUUUCAUGGCUAAUGAAGUCAAAGAUGAAAAGAAGGUUCCUUUACUAAUUACAUUUUUGGGUAACAAAGGUUAUGCUUUAUUAAGAGAAUUAUGUACGCCUGAUAAGCCCGCAAGUAAAAAUUAUGCAGCGCUCACUGAAACUUUGAAAAAUCAUCUCAAGCCUGAACCUAGUGAAAUAAGCGAGCGUUAUGCAUUCAAAAAAUGCCGACAAAAAGAGGGCGAAGAUAUUAAAACGUUUGUUGCCAAUUUGAAAAAAUUGUCUAUGAAUUGUAAUUUUGGUACAGAAUUGAAAACUUAUUUGCGAGACCAGUUUGUUUUUGGCGUUUCAUGCAAAUCAACAAAGAAGCAGCUACUCAAAGAAAAGGCGUUGACGUUUGAUUCAGCGGUGCUACUGCCUCAAUCCACGGAAACGGCGACACGCGAUGCAGAGGGCAUGCUGGGAGAAUCAACGGCAGCGGCAUAUUCAACGACGGUCAACUAUGUAACGGAUAAGAAGAACAAGAAUGCGUAUCAAAGCGAUAAAGCGAGCGCGAGCGAUCAACAGAGUUAUAGUAGUGGUAGUGGUAAUAGAUGUUAUUGUUGUGAGAAAGCUAACCAUAGAAAAGCAACUUGUAGGUAUCGCGAUUAUAAAUGUAAUAAUUGUCAAGAAGUAGGUCAUUUGGCUAUCGUUUGUAAAGUAGCAAAGUCACAGUCAGGUUUAAAUAGUCGGAGUGCAAGUAAUUUUCGGUUGAAUAGUCAGGCUAAUUAUGAUAAUGGACGGACAAAUAAUCAGGGUUAUAGUAAUAAUAGAAAUGGAAAUAGAGCUAAUAAUUUGAAUAGAACGAAUUUGAAACAGAAUUAUAUUGAUGAGGUAGAUAGCGUUGAAGAAGAAUUUGACAAUCUGUAUCACUUAGUUGAAUUUGAAAACAAGAUGAAAGUUAAACCGUUAGAGAUUAAUUUAGUUGUUGAAAAUGUUACAAAUACUUUUGAAAUUGAUACAGGAUCACCAAUUACGGCAAUGUCAAGCUCUUAUUUUUUUAGUAGACAAGAAUUGAAAAGAUUGGAAAUGAAUGAAACGAAGCGAAUUUUUAAAAGUUACUCUGGUGAUGUUAUUGUACCGAUUGGUUUGGUUAAAGUUAGGAUAUUGUUUUUUGAGAAAGAUUAUGAUUUGCUAUUGUAUGUUUUGCCUGGUAAUAGUAAGCCAAUUUUAGGUAGGGAUUGGUUGGAGGUACUAGGGAUUAUUAAGAACUUUGAAUGUAAGAUGAAUGAAAUCAAAACAAUCAAUGAAUGUGAGAGUAGAUUUGCGGAAAUUGUUAAAGAAUUUGGAAAUGUAUUUAACGAUGAAUUAAGAACGUAUAAUAAGCGUACAUUUAAGUUGGAAUUGAAACCGAAUGCAGUACCGAAAUUUUGUAAACCGCACCCUGUGCCGUAUGCAUUGCGAGAAAAAGUGGAAAUGGAAAUUGAUAGGUUAAUUAAGUCGGGAGUUGCAGAGAAAGUUGAGUCAAGUGAAUGGGCAACACCAAUAGUGCCCAUAUUGAAAUCUAAUGGUCAAGUAAGAAUUUGCGGAAACUAUAAAAUUACUGUGAAUCGAUAUUUAAUUGUAAAUAGACAUCCUAUUCCAAGAACACAAGACUUGUUAGCAAUGCUGAAAGGAGGAACAAUUUUAACAAAACUUGAUUUGAUGAAUGCAUAUCAACAAUUUUUACUCGAUGAAGAAUCGCAAAAACUAACAACAAUCAAUACUCACAAGGGACUUCUUAAAUAUAAAAGACUUGUUUUUGGCGUAGCUACAGCACCUGGUAUUUUUCAAGGAGAAAUUGAAGAAAUGUUGAAAGGCAUUCCUGGUGUAUUAAAAUUUUUUGACGAUAUUCUGAUUAUAGGAAAAAAUGUUCAAGAGCAUGAUACUAGAUUGAGAGAAGUUUUAUUGCGAUUCAGUGAUGCAGGGUUGACAGUAAGAAAAAGUAAAUGUAUUUUUGCAAAACCAAAGGUUGAUUUUUUAGGUCAUACGAUCGAUGCCGAAGGUAUUCAUGUUUCGGACAAGAAAGUUCAAGCAAUAAGAAAAGUUAAGCCACCAAAUAAUGUAAAAGAACUCCAAGUCUUUUUAGGAAUGAUGAAUUAUCAUUCAAAAUUCAUUCAAAAUUAUUCAUUCGUUGUUAGCCCGUUAUAUAGGUUACUCAGACAAGAUGUUCGUUGGAAAUGGACUGAAGAGUGUCAUCAAACAUUUGAACAAGCGAAGGCGAAAUUGAGUUCUCACCAGGUUUUGGUACAUUAUGAUACGCAGUUACCUGUCAAAGUUACCUGUGAUGCAUCACCUGUGGGAGUUGGAGCGGUAUUAUCACAUAUUUUUCAUGAUGGCAAUACGAAACCAAUUGCAUUUGCGUCAAGAUCACUUUCACCGUCCGAGCGGAAUUAUUCGCAGCUUGAUAAGGAGGCUCUCGCUUUGGUAUUUGGCGUAAGAACUUUUUAUCAAUAUCUAUAUGGUAGGCAUUUUAUUCUCGAGACAGACCACAAGCCACUUAUAUAUAUUUUUGGAGAUAAGAAAGGGUUACCGGCAAUGGCCGUGAAUAGAGUAGAACGGUGGAGUUUAAUAUUAGCUGGGUAUGAUUAUGAAAUUAGAUACAUUAAAGGAGUUGAAAAUGAGAGCGAUGGUUUUUUAUCGAGAUUUCCUAUUCAAAAUAAUAGCAACUAUAAGACUGAAGAAUAUUCGUAUUUGAAUUAUUUUAACGAAGGAGUGAGAACGUUUUCAUUAGAUACUAUUCGCAGUGAGACAGACAAAGAUCUAAUUUUGAGUUUAGUGAAGAAAUAUUUAUUGCGUGGUUGGCCUAAAAACGUUCACGAUAGAUUGUUGCCUUACAAGCGAAAAGAACAAGAAUUAACAUUGGAAAAUGGUUGUGUUAUGUGGGGUUAUCGUGUAUGUGUGCCUUCAUCUCUCAGAGAAGAUAUGAUAAGUGAACUUCAUAGUUCAUACAUGGGUGUUGUACGUAUGAAAAUGUUAGCUCGCUCAUAUAUCUGGUGGCCAAUGAUGGACUUACAGAUUGAGAAUAAAUGUAAACAAUGUGAAUUGUGUCUUGUUAGUGCUACUAAUCCACCUAAAACUUCUUUACAUGUUUGGAGUUGGCCAGAAAAUGCAAAUCAGCGUUUACACGCAGAUUUCUGUGGUCCAAUUGAUGGAAAAAUGUUUAUUGUUAUUCUAGAUAGUCAUUCAAAGUGGAUUGAUAUACGAGAAUUGAAUAAUAUUAUAACUGAAACAACUAUAGAUGUUUUUAGAGAUUACUUUGCCACGUGGGGAAUACCAAACACAUUGGUUACAGACAAUGACCCAACGUUCACUUCUAAGUUGUUUGAAGAAUUUAUGAUUUCUAAUGGAGUUUCACAUAAAAAAACUGCACCUUACCAUCCAGCUAGUAAUGCAGCCGCUGAAAAUGCAGUGAAAACUUUUAAGGCUAAGAUUAAAAUACUGAACAAAGAAUGUUCAUCAAGAAAAGAAGCCCUUGCUAAGUAUUUGUUUCAUUAUCGAUCGUCUCCACAUUGUACAACAGGUGUAAGUCCAGCUAAGUUGCAAAUUGGCAGGAAAUUUCGUACAAGAUGGGACUUGUUAAAAGAGAAAGUAAAAAAUAACGUUUAUCACAAACAACAAGAGCAAAGAAAAAAUUUCAAGGGUAACAGGAAUGUGACUUUUGAUGAGAAAGAAGUAGUUAUGGCGAGAGACUAUGCGAAUGGUAAUUGGCGAAAAGUUAAAGUUGAUAAGCAGGUCAAUCCGGUUACCUAUAAUGUCACAACGGAUGAUCAACGAGUAUGGAAGCGUCAUGUAGAUCAAUUGCGAGCAUGUAAUUUGUCAAUGAGCGAUAGUCAUAAUUUAAGAACACCAGAAAAAUGUAAUAGUCCUAUUGCUAUUGUAACUUAG